AUGAGCGAGUUCGAAGAGACCAUCUUCGAGACGGGAGCAUCAUCACCACCAUUAGGAAAAUGCCAGUGCAGCUGCGGGAACGGCGUGAAUGUGUACGUGCAACGGAUGCAGUCGAAGAGUCCGAUAGAUGGUUAUUACUACUUGGGCGUUCCUCGAUCACCUCGAGGUAGGAACGCACCCGUCUGCUUGUGCGCAAAGUAUGAGAUACCUGAAAGGUUGAUGAGCGUAGACGACACUUUCGUUCCCACAACGGUGGACAACGAGAAUGAGUCACCGAGCAUUAGUUACACCGAUUCAAGCAGUUGCCCUGAAUGCGAAGAAUGCUGCAGCAACGAAUGCAGUUUGCAACCGUCGAACAGUUCUUCGGAUUUCUCACCGUGCAUCUCCGAGGACGCCUGCUUGAACGAAGAUUGCCAAGCGAACGAUCCCUCCUCCACUCAGUCUCAAAACAGUUCUAACGUGAGCGUGUCUCAAAUUCGUGAAUCCCUGGCCACCUUUAGGGACAGAUUGAAAAGCAAGGAUGGAAGAUCGGACAACGAUUUUCAGCACAGUCAUUUAAACUUAAGGAAAUCGUUUGGGAAUUUUGAUCCGAAGCCAAGUCAAUCGAGUAUAAAGAGUCCGUCUCUUCAAAGUCGUAGUAUUUUUGCACCUGAGAACAGUGAGUUGAGCUUCAGAAGACAGUCUCGUCAAAGUCGUAAUAAUUUCGGACCUCAGAACAGUCAGAUGAGCUUCAGAAGACAGUCUUGUCAAAGUCGUAAUAAUUUCGGACCUCAGAACAGUCAAUUAAGCCUCAGAAGACAGUCUCGUCAAAGUCGUCGUCGUAGUUUCGAUCCUCGGAACAGUCAGUUGAGUUUGAGGAAGCCCUCACGUCACGUUGGUAUCGGUGAUGGUUCAGCAUUAUCUAUGAACUCGUCAACCAGCACCACGAGUUUGAAAUCUAUUUCGAGCAGCCCGUCUGUUUCAUUCAAGGAUAAUCGACCGGCCAGAUGUUCUUGCACUGGAAAAUAUAACAAAUUGGUCGACACUUGCACAAGUACACCAGCAGAAAUUUUAAAAAAUACUUCAUGUCUGGAUGAUUGCAGUAAUAACGCUCUGGCACUCUGCAAAUCGACAAGCACCUUCAGCACAACCGAUGCUUCGGUUAGUAAUGGGAGCUGCAAUCUGACGUAUAACUUACGAUCGAAUAUCAAAAAUUACUGUUGUUUUCCGCGGAAGAAGAAGCGAUGCUCGGAUGAAUGUUGCAUUACCUGUCUCAUAACAUCCAGAAGCGCGCAAACUGUAGAUAUAGUAAGCAACGAUGAGUCAUGCUUCGCGAUGUUUGACGAUGAUGAACCUCGAGCAUCUGAGAUGGUUCUUGAUAAACCUUUAAGGUCUUCAACAUUUGUCGGAACUAUCAACGAUGAUACCAUUAAAAGAACGAGCAGCACUUUACCCAUAGGUUACAGUGAAUUCCAACAUUCCGAUAUAAGAGCCUCUUCGCCUCGUGGAAGUAUCAACAAUGAUGAUAAACUUUUAUCAAGUCCUUCGAAUACCAAUAAUACUAAUAACGAUAAACCCAAAACGAAUGGAGAUACAAUUGGAGGUCAUACAACGACCAAUAAAACUGCUGGUCAAAGGACUAUAGAUAAUACCACUAUGGUCGAACAACCCAAACAACCCAUGGCUGCAAAUAUUCCCCCAACUAACAACGAUUUUACAAACGAAAAUCAAACUAAUAGAUCAUACGGUAUAAAUCCACAGCAAUUUAAUAAUGGAUGCAAUAAUACAAAUGGUAUGAAUUUCUGCAACAAUUCGCCUAUGGGCGGAUUAUGUCCUUGUCUUCUAAUGAAUAUGUUUACUGAGAUGAAUAGGAAACAAACGGAUGAGUUUAAAGCUUUGUCGGAUAAGUUGUCGGAGAGUCGUCGACAAUCCACUGAUAAUAUGGAUAGAAAUAAAAGUGUGUGCAGUAUGGCUUCGCGAAGACGAUCCACAAGGAGCAGAUCGAGGAAAUCGAUUGGUACAAGUUUAACUAGUCUAGGUAGCAGAGGCAGGAGUACGAUGAGUAUGAAUAAAAGCGAUAUUAGUAUGGGGAGUAGAAGAAGCAGCAGAAGGAGUUUGGCAAGCAGAAACGGUAGCAGGAAGAGUUUGGCAAGCAGAAAUGGUAGCAGAAGGAGUUUAAGGAGAAGAAGUAGCACUAAAAGUGGUAGAAGAAGAAGCAGCAGCAGUCGGAGAGGUAGGAGGAAGAUGAGACGCAGAGGACGAAGCAGGAGUAGUUCCAGAAGUAGAAAAUCGCUUAAUCUCCAAGUAGGAUGCAACGACGAUACAUGCUUCAACACUUUUCUAAGGCAAUUGUUCUCGUGCGAUUGCAACGGCAUCUGCGAUCAGGCUGAUUGCUUGAGGAGACCUGAGGUUCUGGCAGUGUUCACAUUCCUUCUCGUUACGUUCAUCCUUACAGUGACCAAUUUUGUCAUGUAUCAAUUAUAG